GCCGGCUCAUUGGCUGCGUCUCGUCACGUGCCCGGAAGCCGCGGGCGAGCGAUGGGCAAGAAGGCUGGGGCGCUUGGGCGCUCGCUCCGCCGCGGGGUCCGCGCGGGAGGGGCAGGAUGGCGCCACACGAGCGAGCUGGGCGAGCAGGGCCGGGCCCCCCCGCCGCAGUCGGUGACGGAGCAGAGCCCGCUGGAGGCCUUCCUGGCGGCGGCGGAGCUGGCGGGCGCCGCCUUCGCGGCAGAGAAGCUGGACGUGCGCCUGGUCUCCGGCGGGGCUGCGGAGGAAGCCGCCCGCCCGCGGGAGGAACAGGAGCGGCAGGUGCUGCGCGUCCCCCGAAGGCCGCUAUGGGACGAACAAACAAGCCCUGCGGCAUUGGAGCAGGCUGAAAGAGACAGCUUCCUGAGGUGGAGGAGGCAGCUUGCGUGGAUGGAGGAAGAGGAGAACCUCCUGCUGACCCCAUUUGAGCGAAAUUUGGACUUCUGGCGUCAGCUCUGGAGGGUCCUUGAGAGAAGCGAUGUUGUGGUUCAGAUUGUGGAUGCCAGGAACCCCCUCCUGUUCAGAUGCCGAGACCUGGAAUGCUACGCUAAAGAAAUCAGCCUGGAGAAGGAGAACCUCAUCCUGCUCAACAAAGCCGACCUGCUGGGGGAGGAGCAGCGCUCGGCCUGGGCCCGCUUCUUUGAGAAGGAAGGGGUCCGCGUGGUCUUCUGGUCGGCCUUGGCAGAGGGGAGCCGGCUGGGGGCCAACCCUGAGGAGCUGGAAACCAGGGCAGACCCGGCUAGCCAGGGUGCCGGCCCCAGGGAGCAGCGGACCACCAACGGAAGAGCAGAAAGCCCCCCCGGCACCCAGCGGGAGAGCGACAGGGAGGAAGACGGUGACGUGUACGAGGACUGCGAGGAGGAGGAGGAGGAAGCCUGGCUGACUUGCUCUGAAGAUGGGGAGCAAGAGACCCCCAUUGUGCCCUUGGGGAGAAGCAGGGCUGAGCUCUCACCACCAGCACCCCCCCAGGCCUCCCCCAUCAGAAACAGCAGCUGCCUGGUACAAAGAGAGGAGCUCCUGGAGAUAUUUGCAACUGUUCACGCUGGGAGGAAGAAGGUCAGAGAGGGGCAGCUCACCGUUGGCUUGGUGGGCUACCCCAAUGUAGGGAAGAGCUCGACCAUCAACACCAUCCUCGGGAAGAAGAAGGUGUCUGUCUCUGCCACGCCAGGACGCACAAAGCACUUCCAGACGCUGUUUGUGGAGCCCUCCCUUUGCCUCUGCGACUGCCCUGGGCUGGUGAUGCCCUCCUUCGUCUCCACCAAAGCCGAAAUGGUUUGCAGCGGCAUCUUGCCCAUCGAUCAGCUGCGGGACCACGUCCCCCCCGUCACCCUCGUCUGCCAACGGAUCCCUCGGCCAGUCUUGGAGGCCACCUAUGGGAUCAGCAUCCUCCGGCCACGCGAGGAUGAGGACCCUGACCGGCCGCCAACCUCAGAGGAGCUCCUGUCGGCCCUGGGCUGCAUGAGGGGCUUCAUGACGGAUCACGGGCAGCCAGACCAGCCGCGCUCAGCCCGUCUCGUACUGAAGGACUACGUCACGGGCAAGCUGCUCUACUGCCACCCGCCUCCGGGCGUGGAUGCCAAGCUCUUCCAGUUGGGGCUCGAGAGGCUUCGGCCCAGCAAAGGGGCAGCAGCAGCCGCGCAGCGCAAUGGGCAGCAGCCGUCCGGCAGGGUCCCCAGGAUGAAGCAGACAGAGAACCCAGUGGACUUGGCCUUCUUCCACCAGGAGAAUGUCCGGGCCUUGACCAGAGGCACCCGGGCCAGAGUGGGCUGCCCAGCAGAGACGGCUGCCCACCUCCCUUCCGGACCUGGCUCGGCCGAUGGAGCUGGGAAGCCGUGGAAGAGACACGGGAACCGGAACAAGAAGGAGAAGCUGCGCCGCCUCAACAGGCACCUGGAGGCCUGAUGGCUGGAAGGCCGGGAGGGAGGCAGAGGCCCCCGAGGGGAGGGGCUGCCCCAGCGCCCUCCGAAAUAAAAGACCUUUCUUGAUGGUGUCUCCUGGUCACCUGGGCUUCAUCCUCUCCUGAAUCAUCACGAAGCCGAUCAGUCUCCUGACGGGAUGGGAUGGCUCUGCCAGGGUGGGGUGGGAGUGGAUUUUUUAUAGGUUUUUUUUUAUUAUUAUGCACUGGAUCUAUAAAUGUUGUAAGCUGCCAGGAGUCACCUCUGAAAUAUAAUAUAAAUUUGUUAAAUAAAUAAAUAAAGAGUUGAGAAGUUCCUGCCAGCAGAAACUA